AUUCUUAUCCCUUUCCGAUUUAUUGGGUCACCUCCAUCUCUCAAGAUGCCAUUCCUUCAGAAAUCUCCCCAGCAUGUGGUCUCGAUGAUGAUUGCAACAAUCGAAAUUGAGAGGACCCAGUUGGCCCAAGCACUGGUGAAAGGCGUAAGCAAACCGUCAAAG